AUGGUUACCACUCAAGUCAUUGAACAAGAGACAUCAGCAGUGUCAAAAUUAAAUUCAAAAAUAGUAGUCAAUGAAAAAGAGAGUACUAAGUUGAAGCAUGGCAGUUCGCUUCAACAUUCUCAUCAUCAUCAACAUCAACAACAAAAUCAACAAAAUCAACAAAGUCAGCAACAUGAAAAUAUCCAAUCUGAUAAAAUUGAUCAACCAUCAGAAAACAACAAAUGGACACCAUACAUCGUAGUUGAACCAACAACAUAUAAGAGACCUUUUUCAAUUUCCAGUGCUUAUCUUGACCUUGAAGAUCGACCAGGGACCAUUCCAUCGGCACAUAAAUUAAUACAUAAAAAUAGAAUAUUAUUAUUGACAUUAACAUUACUUUAUGUUAUAUUAAGUGAACCUGAUAGAUUUGUUCGACAUUUGGAUCUCCUCAAUGUUAUUUUUGUAAAUCCAUUGUUGGUUUUACCAGAGUUGACUGUGAUGCAUAGUUUUUCAAUGUUAUUGCCAAUAGUUACUGCCAUCUAUGCAAAGAAAAAGAUAUCGAGAAAGCUCUAUGUUGCAAUGUAUAUAAUAUUACAAGUGGCAUCAUCUUCCUAUUCAGCUCUAUUUGUUUUGAGCAAUGAAUUCCUACCAAUUGGAACAUCAUUAUUCUUAUCGAUGGAGCUGAUCUUGAUAACCUGGAAGAAUCAUUCCUAUUUCAUUGUUAGAAAUUAUUAUGAUUUCCACAAUAUACCAGAGCCAGAGUCUGUAAAGAAGGAAGCCUAUCACCUAAAGUCAGUGUUUUGGUAUAUUGGUGACUUUUAUUCACUUUUUGGUGUCACCUACAUUGAUUUACGAUCAAUAUCAAGAGAGUUGUACUCUUCAUUCUGUAUUCUGGUUGUAGUCCAUUUCCUAAAUGUACAAAUUAUCAUUCCAAAUCUUUAUAAACCACCAUCAAUCAAAACAUUUGCAACCAUUUUAAUACCAGCAGAGAUUAAUUUCCAACUUCAAUACUAUUUGCUAUAUCACUGUGUAUUCUCGUUGUUGGCUGAUAUCAGUGGUUUCAGAGAUAGAUUCUCAUUCUACGAAGACUAUUGGGCUGCUAUAGAGGUAAAGGAAAUUCUAUCGAAAUGGUCAAAGCCUGUACACUCUUGGUUAUUUAGACAUGUACAUAAUGAUUUACGUAGUUUGUUUGGAUUUAGUAAAUGGGCUAGUCUAUUCUUGACAAUGUUAUUCUCUGGUUUCUUCCACGAAUUCAUCAUUAUGGUAACAUCGAGAAAUAUCUGUUUCCCUUGGUCCACAGCAAAUCUCAUUGGAUGUGGAUGGCUCAUAUGGAUGGAAACAACCGUUAAAGGUUUGGCCACAAGCACACCGUAUCGCUUGCUUAUGAGAGUUCUUCUUCUCUUGGGGCAUGGUGCAUUCUACUUUGCAAUUUACCACCUUUGUUAUUCAAAAGAGUCAUUCUAA